AUGUCUCACCGCUUCCUCGACGCCUUCCCAAGAGAGAUCCGCGACCAGAUCUACACCUAUAUCCUCACAUCUUCCUCUUCUCCUUCGAACGCAGUCACCCUCUCGCCAUGGACCUUCGAAGUCACCCGUUCCCUGAGUCUUCUACGGACAUGCAAGCAGAUCCAACGCGAGUGCAAAGAGAUCAUUUGGCGCCACAAUGGACUUUAUUUACGAUGUCCAACAGAGAUAUUUACACGCUUCAGCAGUCUGAUGGAAGUCGAUGGCCUACGGCUACGGCGCAUACGGCAUAUGGAUAUAGUCCUCGAAUUACUUGAUAAGGAUGAUCUGGAGUGGAUCUUGAGCGGUCUCAAAGCCCUCGUACAAUUGACUCACGUAGGGUCAGGGUCCCUGGAGUCCAUAACCCUCCUUGCCAUCCACGAGCGACCGCGCGGUGUCAACGAGUUCUUGGAGGAAAUGCACUUGAUGUGUUCUGGAGACUGGGUCGACGGUAGAUUAUUUGCAGCAAUGCCUGACAACGAUAUUGAGACAACCUUGGUAUUCAAAUCCAGCUGGCCUCAUUUCUCAAAUUGGGGCAAGCAGAGGUGGUUGAGGGAAAUGCUUCUGAAUCGAAGUGAUACAACAGCCUUGUUGAAGGAAAUCCAUACAAUCUUUGGUGGGGAACUUCUCAUUGAUGGGUCUCUAUUAUUUAAAGACGGAGAGCAGGUCGCAAAGACGUCUAAGUUGAACCCCAGGGAUGGAGAAAUCAAGAUUGUGCCCAGUCGUGUUCCAUUGGCUGCACGGUCUUGGUAG